AUGGCCCCCAUCCGUCCCAAGUCCAAGUCCAAGGCCUUGAGCUCCUUUUCAGUGAAAAAAGCGUCUUCAGCAGGGGAGGAAGCUGUUGAUACAUUUGAUUCCUUCGACUCUGGAUUUCAUACCUCGAAAAAGGACAAACGCAUCAUUAAGCACUCAGCAUUUGUCUCCAAGAUCGAAAAAUCCCGCAAGAAACCCCUCAAAAGGCGUCGACCGUCGAAAAAACUCGUCGCCAACCUCGAUUCUCUCGCUGAUGCAUUACCCGACGCCGAUGAUGAAGUCCCCGAAGACGCCCAAGUGAACAUUAUCCGACAUAAAAGUUUGAAGCACAGACCCGGCGCUAUGAAGCGGAAGGAGAAGCUUGACAAGGUUGAGCGCGAUCGGUUCGCCAAGAAUAUGGCGCAAAUGGCGACUGGGUUGGCAGAUCCAAAGGAGCCAGCUGCCAGCACUGUGGAUGCCACACAAACUUCGUCCUCAAACCGCUGGGCCGCACUGAGGAAUUUUAUCUCUCAGACAAUAGAUCAAAACCCGGAGUUUAAGAGAUGAAAACUGGAAGGGUUAGGUCAUGGUACGAACUUUGUGUACCCAAAUGAUGAUGCGGAACUAUAGGCAAAAGCGGAUGAUUACAAAGUCUAUUGAAGAAGGCCUAGUUCGACAAACGUAUCGGAGCACGAUGCAAUCUGACGGCUGAGAAAGUUGGGCUAGAUUGAGAGUGCCGGCAUCGCUUGGUACAGCAGUGGGAUCAAGCAACCUGCAUCUGCCUACUUUGAAUCCCGCCUUAACUUCCUUGGAAGUCGACAUACACGGGAAAACAAAAAUAGCAUUCAGGGUCUCCCGAAUCCUUUGUCUUUCAGACUUACAAACUACGAACAAAACAGCCACAUGACCAAAUGCCGAUAUAUAUGUACGUAAAGAUAUUGACGCGGCUUCUGGUCU